AUGUACACAGCAGCGAACUGCCAUUAUAAUUAAGUUCUGAAUAGAGCAAGAGCAUCUUCUUUCCAAUCCAUCAUGUCCUCGAAUCCAAAUCCAAACUUUGAUGAGAAUCUAUGGAUAAUCAACAUCCGUAGAUCUCUUGAGGAAGAGCUUGAAAAUGAUACCGACGUUCCUGUCUCCAUUUUCAAUGUCCCCAAAAUCCUGAUGGCUACCGAUCCAGAUUCCUAUACUCCACAACAAGUUGCUAUCGGUCCUUACCAUUAUUGGCGUCCGGAGCUCUAUGAGAUGGAGAGGUACAAGCUUGCCGCAGCGAAAAGAACCCAGAAACAACUCCUGAACCUCAAGUUUCAACACAUUGUAGAUCACUUGACGAAGAUUGCACAGAAGAUUCGCGCUUGUUAUCACAAAUUCUUGGAUUUUAGUAAUGAAACUUUGGCUUGGAUGAUGGCCAUUGAUGGGUCGUUCUUGCUGGAGUUCCUGCAAAUCUAUGCCAUCAAUGAAGGUAUGACAAUUACAAGAGUUUCCUCAAGAAUGUCUCAUUUGGUUGAUUAUGCGGGGAGAAAAUCAGCUCAUAAUGCUAUUCUUAGAGAUAUGGUGAUGCUCGAGAAUCAAAUUCCGCUAUUUGUAUUAAGAAAGAUCCUGGAAGUUCAAUUCUCAUCGUUAGAAUUGGCCGAUGAAAUGCUGCUUUCGAUGCUAGUGGGAUUUUGCAAAGAGCUUUCCCCUUUCAAGAUGAUGGACAUGCAAAAAAUCCCUAUUUCUCAGUGUUCACACGUGCUAGACUACUUGUACGACAUGAUUGUGCCAGAAGUGGAAGACCCGGCAGCGGCGGAGAUAACUGAGGAGGAGGAUCAAGGAGAUGCCAUGCAAGGGAAAGAAGGAUCAUCUGGGAAUUCAUGUUACGUAAAAGAUCUCUUCGGUGAGAUAUGGGAGCAAAUUUCAAAGCUAAACAAAUGUCCAAUACAGCUUCUGAAAAGACUGUUAUUUUCUAGACCUGUUAAACUAAUCCUGAAAUUGCCUUGGACAAUCGUCUCAAACCUUCCUGGAUUUUCCAUGUUGAAACAGCCUGUUCAAUACCUGUUUUUCUCCCAAGAAAAAGAAGAAGUGAAACCUGAGAAUGAGAACUCUAACAAUGAAGUUAACAAGCCGCCAUUAGUGGAGGAGAUCACAAUUCCUUGUGUCACUGAGCUUUCUAAAUGCGGGGUCCGUUUCUCACCCACUACUGGUAAUAUCUCGAGCAUUAAUUUUGAUGCUAAGACAGUUACAUUUUACCUUCCCAUAGUCAGCUUAGAUGUGAACACAGAGGUGGUAUUAAGAAACUUAGUAGCAUAUGAAGCCUCAAGUGCAUCAGGACCAUUGGUUUUUACACGUUAUACAGAAUUGAUGAAUGGGAUUAUCGAUACAGAAGAAGACGUGAAGUUGCUUAGAGAAAAGGGAAUUAUUCUGAACCACUUGAAGAGUGAUGGAGAAGUUGCAGACCUCUGGAAUGGGAUGAGCAAGUCCAUUAGACUAACCAAAGUGCCAUUCUUGGACAAGGUGAUUGAGGAUGUUAACAAGUACUGCAAUGGUCGGUGGAAGAUAAAAAUUGAGAAUUUCAUGAAACGUUAUGUGUUUGGUUCUUGGCAGUUUCUCACAUUUCUUGCUGCAAUAUUCCUAUUGCUCUUGAUGACAUUACAAGCCUUUUGCUCAGUCUAUAGCUACGGUCUCAUUUUUCAUAUUGAUAAUUCAACAUAA